GCAACACUGCCCAGCAUGGCGCACCACGACGUCGACUACGACAUGGACAUGUCCGACGAUGCAAACGAAGACCUCAACACCCGCUCCUCUCGCUCCACCCAUCCCUCACGCACCCAAGACCCGGGCAAGGCCAAAACCGCCACCACAACCUCCAGCAGCAGUCGUGCACAACGCUGGGAAGCCGGCGCGCAAAAGAACUGGGAUUUACACGAAGGCAGCGAUGGCAAUCUCACUUCUGUGCUGGGCGGCAUGGAAGAAGCCACCAAAAGACUACGAUUGCANAAAGAUACCACGCCACUGCAACGAGGCAUUAUACGGCAUUGUUUGCUGGUGCUGGAUUUGAGUGCUGCCAUGCUGGAGAAGGAUCUACGGCCCACGAGGUUUUUGCUCACGCUUACUUAUACCAUGGCCUUUGUUCGGGAGUUCUUUGAGCAGAAUCCCAUUUCGCAGUUGGGUAUCUUGGGCAUGAGAGAUGGACUGGCAGUGAGGAUUUCAGAGCUCAGCGGCAACCCCAACGAUCACAUUCAAGCACUGAAAGAGCUGCGGAGCACAGAGCCCAAAGGCGCAGCAAGUCUACAGAAUGCGCUGGAAAUGGCAAGAGCAGCUUUAUACCACACACCCUCACACGGCACUAGGGAAGUGGUCAUCAUCCUCGGCGCACUCAGUUCCUCCGACCCGGGCGACAUCCACAGCACCAUCAACGCCUGCGUAAAAGACAAACUCCGCGUCACAGUCAUCGGCCUAGCAGCCCAAAUGCACAUUUGCGCAGACCUCUGCGCGCGCACAAACGCAGGAGAUCAAAGCAGCUACAAUGUCGCCCUCGACGAACCGCAUUACCGCGAAUUGCUCAUGCAAAUCACCACGCCGCCUGUCAUGCGCACUUCUGCUGCUUCCUCUGCCGCAACUUCUGCUUCUGCGUUGCUGCAGAUGGGGUUUCCGUCGAGGUAUACCGAGGUUGUCGCUACAUUGUGUGCUUGCCAUGGUGUACUCACCCAAGGCGGAUACAAUUGCUCGCGCUGCAAUGCCAAAGUUUGCUCGCUACCGCAAACAUGUCCAGCCUGCGACUUGACGCUUAUUCUGUCCACGCACUUGGCGAGGAGUUAUCACCAUUUGUUUCCUCUGUUACUCUGGAACGAAGUCUCUUGGCAGCGAGCCACGGAAAAGAAAUCAAGCAGAUGUUUUGGCUGUUUAAAUCCCUUUCCNUGUGCCGCCAAAGAAGGCGCGAGCGAGAGUUCACGCUACGAAUGUCCUUCUUGCGAGCGACACUUUUGCGUCGAUUGUGAUGUCUUUUGCCAUGAAGUGGUGCAUAAUUGUCCUGGAUGCACUAGUGGCGGCGCUAUCGCGUCACAAGAAAAUGGAAAUGGAAAUGGAAUCGCAGACGUGGUCAUGAAUGGCAACGGGAUCGCCGUGGCAUAG